CCUCAAGGAAGCAGAAGCCUGUCAGGCAUCAGUUCAGCACAACGCUUCUAACUGCCAAGAUCACCUCCCCACUGCUGACCAUGGGCAAGAAAGUCGCUGUUGUCCUCUCAGGCUGUGGUGUGUAUGAUGGUAGUGAAGUCCACGAGUCUUCAGCUGUCAUGGUGCAUCUCAGCAGGGAGGGGGCUCAGGCUGAACUCUAUGCUCCAGACACUGACCAACUCCAUGUGGUGAACCACAUCAACGGGCAGCAAACUGAGGAAAAGCGCAAUGUCUUGGUAGAGAGCGCUAGGAUCGCCAGAGGCGAUGUCAAAGAUCUGGCCAUGCUGAACGUGAAGGAACUAGAUGCCCUCAUCAUCCCAGGUGGAUUUGGAGUGGCUAAAAACCUUUGUUCUUGGGCUGUGGAUGGGAAGGACUAUACAGUCUCCAAACUCGUGGAAGAUACCAUCAAGGCCUUCCACUUAGCCAAGAAGCCCAUUGGUCUGUGCUGUAUCUCUCCCGUGCUGGCAGCCAAAAUUCUCCCAGGCUGCGAGGUCACUGUUGGGUAUGACACAAAAUGUGAGAAGUGGCCCAACGCCAGCACUGCCGAAGCCCUGAAGGAGCUGGGCUGCAAGCACGUGAACAAAAAUGUUAAUGAGGUCCAUGUGGAUAUGAAGCACAAACUGGUGACCACAAGUGCUUUCAUGUGCAAUGCGCCCAUCCACACCAUCUAUGACGGCAUUGGAAAGAUGGUCAGAGAAGUGCUAAAGCUUGCUCAGAAGGGAAGUAGAGUGCUGGAAACAGGCCACACCCCUCCCUUCACCUUUGCUAGUGAAAAGCUCUGACCACUUCAUGGGGAGGUGGAUGGGAGUAAGUUGGGUUAAAGCGACAUCUCCAGCCCACCUACACAUGCCAUUCUUGGGUCGUUCCCCCACCCACCAUUCUCUCCUUCCCAAGCCAGCUCCUGGCUUGCAAACAGCAGCCCUGCCUCAAACGUAGGCCUCAUUUGGGCAGCAGGCGGAGAAGAGGCCAUUUGUCUUUGAAGCUGUACGUCUCCCUUCUCCUCCAGCCAGCUCCAAACAUUCUGCCUGUUUCAUCAUGCUCAGACUGUGAAGAGCCCAUUGGGAC